CAGCUGGUGCCAUUGUUAUUCACACUUUUGUCGGUGAGCAACGUUCCGCAAAGGCACGCUUGGACGGUUGGACGGCUGGGCCGCGAUGAUCAUUGAUCACGGGAAGCCUUGGAACUUUGAAGCCAGCCAAGUCAGCCGUCGGGUCAGGUGCGGUACACGCACCAUGACGACACCACCAAGGUAAAUAGCUUCAGUUAGCUUCAGUUAGCACGAGCUGGUCGGUCCCUGCAGCACAUCACAUCACAUCAACGGCGUACUUAAACCCCACGUACCCCGUAACUACCCCGUACCCCACACUCCACGUUCCCCACAUUCACGAUCCAGAUCACACCCCUCUCGCCACCAGCACCACAACCACCUCAAUCGCAAUGUCACGUAUCCGCAAACUCUUUGGCUACGGCAAGUCGGACAACAACGGCUUCCACCCGGACCGGCCGCCGCCAGAUCCGUAUCCUGCGCCGAACCCGUACCAGCCCUCCCAAUCCAGUACGAGCGAGUACGCGCCACCUCCGGGCCCUCCGCUGGAGAAAUCACACCAACCCAGUACGAGCGAGUACGCGCCACCUCCAGGCCCGCCACCGGCGCAGGAGAAAUCACGCCAACACAGUACAGACGAGUACGCGCCGCCUCCGGGCCCGCCGCCCAGCACCAACAGCAACAACCCCUUCCUUCCUCCGCCGUACCCACCUCCCGCGUUCUCACCCCUCCCCGCAUUCACCGAAGGCGGCGAGCCCGAAGGUGCCGAAGAAGACGACCUCCCACCCCCGCUCUUCCACGCACUACACCUGUCAUCGCCCACAUCCAACGCGCCCGCGGACCUUGCGGACGCCGGCUGGGCGUUCACGGACGCGCACGCGCUCUCGCCGCCGUCUCGGUUCACGGCCGCCACGCUUGCGGCCAUAUCGCGCGGCGAGAUCGGACUCGCACCGCCGCCGGGGUGGUUUAGAGGGUUGAUUACUGCAGGCACGGGGGCGGGUGCGGGUGGGGGCACGGGGAAUGUGGUCAAUGUGGCGACUGCGCCGGGGUGUGCUGAUUGCUGCCUCGUUUCGGCGCUGCCGCUUUAUGCGGCUGGCGGGGGGCGGGGCAGAGAGAUAUACUUCGAGAUAUCCGUAGAGCGGAUGCCUUCGGACGCGGCGGUAGCGAUCGGCUUCGUGGCGGUGCCAUACCCGGGGUUCCGGCUGCCAGGCUGGAAUCGCGGCAGCGUGGGCGUGCACGGCGAUGACGGGCGGCGGUACACGAAUGACGCGUACGGCGGCCGAGACUUCGUGCGGCCGUUCCGCGAGGGCGAGAGGGUCGGCCUGGGUAUGGCGUUUGGUGGUCAGGGCGACGGCGGGAGGAGGGUGUGGUUCACGAGAAAUGGCGUGAAUGAGGACGGAUGGCGCCUCGAUGAGUUUAGAGAUGGAAAAGAGGAGAAUGAUCCCCUCCCCGGACUCGAAGGCGCCUGCGAUGUGUAUGCGGCCGUGGGUGUCUGGGGCGGCGGCGUUAAGGUGCAGGUUAGGUUUUUGCCAGAUGGGGCGGGGAGUGGGAGUGGGAGUGGGAGUGGGAGUGGGAGUGGGAGUGGGAGUGGGAGCGGGAUGGGGUAUUAG